AUGGCAGACCCUGACAGGCUUCGCCAAUUCUACAAUCUUUCUGAUGAAUACAGCACUGAAUGGACGGAGCCCAACUCUUCUACUUUUAACUUGAACGACUUGGGCUCUUCAGCCACUGGUGAUUCUUCUAAGUACGCCCUUUUGCGCCAGAUCGCUUCCUCUGCUUCUGCUGCUCCUUACGAGGUCCCUCAAGAUGAACCCGACCCACUGGGUUCUACAAACUCUAUUGUUUCUGUUCUUCGAUCAAGAGGAAUUGAUAUUUCAGAUUUUUCUAAACGAAACCGUUAUUUUAUCUCUUCAACGAGCUUUAAUCCACGAGUGUUUUUGCGCGACGUGCACCCAGAUGCAACUUUUGAUAACCUUGUUAAUGCUCUGAACUAUUUGGAGUCUACAAUUUCGGAGCGUUCUGAGGCUUUGAGAUACUUAGUAGAGCAUGACUAUGACCGCUUUGUACAAGCCAAGUCUUCGUUAGACUCUGUUUUUAAAAACAUACAAGCCGCGGCAUUUAAUGACCCAGACUCUACUUUAGGCUUCCAACAACUCAAAAAUUACAUUGAUGAAUCUAAUGCCAAUGCUACCAUUCUAAUGAAGCCUGUAAUGGAUAAUAAUAACAAAGAUGAACGCCUUAAGACUGCUCUUUCACUUGUCAAUAGCAACAAGUAUUUUUUCAAUCUCCCAAGUCUCAUUCUUUCCCAUAUUAACAACAAUGACCACGACAGUCUUAUCAGAGAUUACCGUAGAGGAAAAGAUAUGCGCUCAAACGAAACUGAUAUUUUAAUGUCUUCUGAUACCCUUACUGCUAAAAUCGAGCAACAGCGUGUUCUUGAGCGUAUCUGGAAUGAAGUUGAAGCUAUUGUCGAUGAGUACAAACAGCGCGAGUGGAAGGCUCUGGCAAACGCCACAGCAGACCAAAACUAUAUUUCUAUAAUCACUAAGCUGUUAGAGCUUGGUGUUGAAGACAAUCCAAUUUUUGAGUGGAUUUCGUCUCAGCUUACUUCCUUUGAACAAAGCUUUGAAGCCAGUUUUAAAAAACUCAAUUCUAUUCUGGAUAUUUAUACCGCAAACAUUCUUGCUGUCCCUCAGAACCCAUCCAUUCCUCUUAUUAGGGCCAUUCGAAGCAUUGCAGAACAAUCAUCUUUUUCUUCUUCUGGCAAAAUUUCUAUCAAUGCUGAACAUUCUUCUAUAGCUGAUGGAAACUCAUCAUCGGUCAUUUACGACAGUUCUAGCGUUGUUGAGAUGUGGCUUGCCAUUCGUCUUGAAUUUCAAGAUAUUAAUAAUCUGAUUUCCAUGUUUUGUCUUUGCUGGAAGCGUUGCAUUGAGUUUGUUGAAGGAACCCCCCAGCGUAGCUUGCCGACUGGUUGGCAAAACGAAUCUCUCAGCCAUUUAACUUUUUCUGAUGACGAACUCUCAAACAUUAUGGAAAGUGGCCAAAAAAUUAUUUCUUUGAUUUCAACUAAGAUCUACGAAUUUUUUUCGGAAACUUCAUCACCUUUAACCAUGGUUUCUGGUGCUUCAAAGUCAAACACCGCAGCGUUGCCCCAUGCUCACAGAAUUGGCAAGGAUGAACUACCAAAGUUUUUACCGCCUUUUGCCAACGCCAUUAGCACAACAAAAUAUCUUUCAAAAAUUAUGUUUUUGAUUUCUUCUGGUUUUAAUGAACUGGUCAUUAAUAUUGAUUCUGCAAAAACUACGGAGUCAUUAUGUAACGUUUUAAAGUCAAUUCGCGAGCGUGCUGUCAAUGCUACCAUUUACUCUUGGGAACAGGAUGCUGAAACUAUUUACCUUAUUGAGGACUGGAUGCCAUCACAAACCCGUGCAUCAACAAGAAUUCCCAAUUUAUUCUAUGCAUAUCAAAACACAGUCCUGAUGGGUAUAAAUGAUGUGUUGAAACUCUCAAGCGACGGACAGGAAAUUAAGGGUGCUGUAAUACCGCCUAAAUCCAGCACACUAACAAAUCAACUUCAAAAUUGUUUUUACAAUACUGUCUCUGCAACUCUUGACUCAGUGAUGAAACUAAUGAUUUCUUCAGAAAAAACUGACCGACACCGAUCGAGCAAAGUGAUUUCUGAACCAACUGUUGGAACAGAUCCUAUGGACAAAUUUUUGGCACUUGAGCUUUUACCCGAUGAUGUCAGUGAAGAGCGCAAGAUUCUUCUUACUCUUACGAGUUUGGAACAAAUUCGUGACGACAAGCUGCCACUUUUGUUUAAACGUCUUGAUGCCUUUAUCAAUACAAAUUCUAAGGAAGCAUAUGGUACCUUACGCUCAAGUAUAGAGAAAAUGACUAGCACUCUGUUUGAGCUUUAUAAUCGCCGCAAGAAGACACUGCUGGCGGAAGGUCUUCGUCAGGGCAUUUUAAAGUCGGGGAUCAAUUGGAGUUCCAAUGAGCAGGAAAUUCCUCCAACAGUCAGUUCAUAUGUUUACGAGUGUCUCUUGAAUAUUGUGGUGGUUCACUCUCAUGUCUCGGAGAUUGCACCUAGCCAAAUAACUAAGGUCAUUACUGUGUUGUACGACCAUGUCGUUAAAACCUUGUUGGCAUCUUACCGUGAAGUGGAACAGUUCGGACGGUAUGGUUUGCUUCAGGCCAUUGCAGAUAUCGGAUUAAUCCGAGUCACAAUGGAAAAGUUCCAAACGCCUGAGAUGCUACAAAAUUACUCGUUGCUUUAUGAUUCUAUCAAAGAAGCAACCGUGGACCGUAAAGCCCUUUGGGAAUCCACUCAUCCUCCUUGGGAAAUUAUUCACCCUUUGGUGCUUAAGGCCCAAUCAUCUAGUAAAGCUGAAUUUAGAUGUUUCUUUUCAGCAAAGCAUUAA